UGACCAUUAACAACAAACCAUCAACUUAUAUAUGAACCUUAUAAUCCAAUCAUCCGCUCUACUCAUAAACCCCCAAAACAAAAACCCAAAGAUCAUCAUCAAUAGCACCGCACCUGACACCAGAACCUCACCAACAUAAUCCCACCGAGCCACUCCAACUCACCCAAGACCCUCCCAAAAUGGAACCACCAAAGCCCCUCCCUCUCCCCAAGACCAUAACCUCAAGAAUCAUAAAAACCCGCUCCUUAAAAACCCACAUUCUGGAAGCCGGCGCCCCAAAUCCAACAUCAAAUCAAAAAACCCGCCCACUCAUCCUCCUCCUCCACGGCUUCCCCGAACUCUCCUUCUCAUGGCGAAGAGUCCUCCCACUCCUCGCCGAACAAGGCUACCACGCUGUCGCCCCCGACCAACGCGGGUUUGGGCGCACGACGGGCUGGGAGACAGCCACAGAAGACCUACACGCGUUCAGCGCGACGGCACUGGUGCGGGAUAUUGUGCUUCUGGUGUUUGCGCUGGGGUAUACCUCUGUGCGAUGCGUCGUGGGACAUGAUUGUGGGGCGGUGACGGCUGCGAUGUGUGGGGUGGCGAGGCCGGAUUUGUUUCGCUCGGUUGUGUUGCUCAGUCAUCCUUUUGGGGGGAUGCUGGGUUCCGGGGAUGUUAGGGAUGUCGGGGAUGGGGAUGGGGGUGCUGGGGCAGGGAAAGAAGACGUCCACUCGGCGCUGCGGGCGCGCGGCCGCAAGCACUACAAGUGGUACUAUUCCACUCCCUCAGCGAGCGAGGAUAUGCUCCAUGGCUCUGGUCCAGAGGGUGGUGGCGGGCUGCAUGGGUUCCUGCGCGGAUACUUCCAUUUGAAGAGUGGGCGGUGGAGUGGGAAUCGGCCGCGUGUGUUGGCGGGUUGGUGUGCCGACGAGCUCGUGCAGAUGCCGUAUUACUAUGUUAUGCCGGUCGACGCGACGAUGCCGGAGGCGGUGGAGUUGCAUAUGCGUGAGGAAACGGAGGAUGGGCUGCGUGCGUCGCGUGAGUGGCUGUCUGAUGAGGAGCUUGCGGUAUAUGUGGAGGAGUUUCGUCGGACCGGGUUCCAGGGCGCCUUGAAUUGGUACCGCGUGCGGACGGCUGAGGGUGGGAGGUAUACGUGGGACACUGAGGUUUUCGCGGGUAGGAAGAUCGAUGUGCCUUGCUCGUUUGUGUCGGGGAAGCUUGAUUGGGGCAUUUAUCAGGAGCCGGGGGCGCUGGAGAAGAUGAAGGAUGGGACGGUGUGUGGUGAUUUUCGCGAGAUGGUUCUGCUUGAUGGUGUGGGACAUUGGGCGCCGCAGGAGAGUCCGAAGGAGGUGGCGCAGGCUGUUUUGCGGCUGGUUGAUAGUCUGUAAUUAUUUGAUCAAGCCGGCGUGAAGUGAAGAUAGCCGGUAGUUAGUAUUAUCUGAGAGGGUUCGGUCCCAUGCUUGGAGCUACGGACCACGUGCGUCCUGCCGAGCCUUGGACACCGCACAAGCACCG